CAGUAUGAGGGACACAAUAGGAAGGCCAGGGAAGACACUACCAUAAUACUCUAGGUAAGUGCUGUUAGUGGCUUGAACCAGUGAGGCUACUGUGGAGGUAAGAGAAGUGGUAGGAUUCUGGAUUCAUUUUCUUAAUUAGGCCUGCCUGGAUUUUCAGAUUUUGAGGAUGAGAGAGGGGGAGAGAGAAAGGUACUAUUGAGGCCUUACUUCGGGCUUUUUGGAUUUAGUAUCUGGAAGAAUGGAAACUCCAUCAGCUAGACCGUAAAGUUACCAGUAAGGUUUAUUUCACUGGGGAUAUCAGAAUUUUGGUUUUUAGGUACUUACAUCUAAGAUGUUGGAUUAACAAUUAGUAGAGACAUCAAGUUCUGGCCACAUUGGUUUGAAAUUUGGGGAAUGGUUUAAGAUGGAGACAUCUAAAAGAUAUAGUUAGUGUUUGACCCAUAACUAGGAGGAAUUAUAUUUGUCAUAAUGGUAGUGCUGUCCACAGCCCAGGUAAGGGAAAAUGGAGCUGUGCCUGGGUCUUGUACUUGGACACCUGAGUAGACAUGGUAAGCAUCAUAAACAGAUGUGGAGAGAGAAUUGACCAUGGAAGGGCAUGACAAAAUAGAUUAUCUGGUAGGUGGCUAAGGCUUCUAAGGCAUAAGGGAGAUAGAAUGGUCACAGAAACAGGAAUAAUUAGAAGAUGACACCAAGGCCAUGACUGAAUUUUUCUUCCCCUCCAAAUUUCAUACAUUGAAAUUCUAAUCCCAGAGGGACCUAAUCUUAAUCCCAGAGCUGAGGCCUGUGAGAGGUAAUUAAAUCAUGAGGAUGGAGUCCUUGUGUCUGGUAUUAGUGAAUGCCCUUUUAAGAAGAGGUCAGAGAAUAGCUAGUGCUCUUUUCACUAUGUGGAGAUACAAGGGGAAGUCAGCAGUCUACAGCCUGAAAGAGCACUCUCACCAGAACCUAACCAUGAUAGCACCCUGAAUUCAGCCUCCAGAUCUGUGAGAGAUUCCUGUUGUUAAUAAGCUACCCAAUGAGUAGUAGUGUUUUGUUACAGCAGCACAAUUGAAGAUCCUCAGUCUAGUGCUCAUUCACCAUGCUACAGGCUCACCAGGAUUGUCCACUUAAGCAGAUAGCUAAGUUUGGGGGCUGAUCAUCUGUGAGUGUCACUGGGUCUGGGGUAGAAUGUCAUUGAGGCUCUGAGAUACUUUGGUCACUGAGUUUGAGGGUUAAGAGUAAAAGGAAAGCUGUGACUGGUAAGUGGACAUCAAAAUCAGUAGAGAUAGAGGACGAGAGUUGUUUGAAAUCCUUAAGUGAUCCUGGGUAGCUGAGAUUGAAGCAAGGAGCAGAAUCAGACAGCCAGGCCUUCCGGCAGGCUCCUAGGCUGCGUGUUUCUGGAGGCACCAUCUGGAGGACCACUGAGGAAUGAUCUAAGAGAAGGGGAGACCGCAUUAUAUGCCAAGUCCACAGUGAAGAUGGUAUCUUCCUGCCCACCUUCCUGAUGGCUAUGGGAGGACACAGUGAUACUGGGACCACGACAGUGAGCUUCAGAGGCACUGGGAUGUGGUAUUCCUCUGAAAUAGGAAUGUAGGAAGAAGGGCAAACAGGAUGGACAAGCAAGUGCAUGAAGUUGGAAUUCUAGAGGAGAAGUUUAUUGUGGAGUGACCUUUCCCCAUUAUGGCAGGACUGUGUGACCUUUGAGGACGUGGCCAUUUACUUCUCACAGGAAGAAUGGAGACUACUUGAUGAGGCUCAGAGGCUUUUGUACCUCGGUGUGAUGCUGCAGAACUUUGUACUUGCAAGCUCACUGGGUUGUGGGCAUGGAACAGAGGAUGAAGAGAUACUUUCUGAGCAGAAGGUUUCAGUAGCAGUUUCACAGGUCAGGACUUCUAAGGCAGGUUCAUCCAUGCAGAAGACUUACCUCUGUGAAAAAUGUUUCCCAAUUCUGCAGGACAUUUUGCACCUGGAUGAUCUACCUGGGCAGAAAUUCAGAACUAGGACAUAUGCAGAUCUUCACCAGCACCAAAAGCAUCACAGUACAAAGAAGCUCUUGAUGAGGGAUGUUGAAAAAUCCUCGUAUUUGAAACACUUCCUAUUCCACAUGUCAAGGAAGCCCUUUGCCAGUUGGGAGAUUGAGAAGGACCUCCCAGCCAUGUGGAGCCUUGUCAAGUCCCCAGCAUUUCCCAGUAGUGAAAAGCCCAAUAAUACCUCCAAGGGUGGGGAGGACAGUCAUAGUCAUAAAAGUCAUAAGUCAAGAGAAUGUGGGAAUUCUGCCAGCCACAAGCACACUCUUGUUCACCGCCCCAAAGUUACCACUGGUAAAAAGCUUUAUGAAUGCAGCAAAUGUGGGAAAACCUUCCGUGGCAAGUACUCACUUGAUCAGCACCAGAGGGUACACACUGGAGAAAGGCCUUGGGAGUGCAGUGAAUGUGGGAAAUUCUUUAGCCAAACCUCCCACCUGAAUGAUCACCGGAGAAUUCACACUGGAGAAAGGCCUUAUGAGUGCAGUGAAUGUGGAAAAUUAUUUAGACAAAACUCCAGCCUUGUUGACCACCAGAAAAUUCAUACUGGAGCAAGGCCUUAUGAGUGCAGUCAGUGUGGGAAAUCCUUUAGCCAAAAAGCCACCCUGGUUAAACACCAGAGAGUUCACACUGGAGAAAGACCUUAUAAGUGUGGUGAGUGUGGGAAUUGCUUUAGUCAAAGUGCCAUUCUUAAUCAGCACCGCAGAAUUCACACUGGAGCAAAGCCUUAUGAGUGUGGUCAGUGUGGGAAAUCCUUUAGCCAAAAAGCUACACUCAUUAAACACCAGAGAGUUCACACUGGAGAAAGGCCUUAUAAAUGUGGCGAAUGUGGGAAAUCCUUUAGUCAAAGCUCCAUCCUUAUUCAACACAGGAGAAUUCACACUGGAGCAAGACCCUAUGAGUGUAACCAGUGUGGAAAAUCCUUUAGCCAAAAGUCUGGCCUCAUUCAACAUCAGGUAGUUCACACUGGAGAAAGGCCUUAUGAGUGUGACACGUGUGGGAAUUCCUUUAGUCAGUGUUCUAGCCUCAUUCACCACCAAAAAUGUCACAAUGCAUAGGGGCAUCAUGAAAGCAACAAAUACAGGGAAGUUUUCAGCCCAAGGUUUAGCAGCUCCUGAAAGCCCGCACUUGAGAAAGGCCUUAGACCUGUAGGCAGUGUCAUCUUUUUCAGAGAGGCUUUGUGAAGGAACCACCUGCCUAAAGUUACCAUACUUCCUACUGCCCACUGAGGGCAGUGUCCCCGUGUGUUCGUGAUGAGUGAGCCUUCCAGGAGCUCCAUGCACUUCUCAACUGAUGGGGCCAUGUCAAGAGCUAAGUCACUGCCACUUUGUCUGGUAGAAGGCAUCUUCCUCUGCCACUUUGCACAGUGUCCAGCGGUCACUGGAGCACGUGAGGGAAGGCGAAUGCUUACUCCCUGGAGGAAGUCUUGAGCAACCUGGGUCUUCAAGGAGAGUUCUUUCCCUUUUCUGACUGAUUAAAGCACACACAUAACCUAGUUUUUACCAUGAAAACCUAGUCUGCUGGAGGCUUUCAGGAAUGGCUGAUUUUUUUCAUCAAAAAGUUGUUUUUUCAGUCUCACAUGACAGUUGGGUUAAUUUUUUCAGCCUUCUAUUUACCAAAUGGUAACUACCUGCCUUGCAUUAGUCUUGAUUGUGUGCUAAUAAAUGCCUUAUUGUUAAAGCUACCUUUAAUUAUGGGGUUGAGUUUACGAUGUCGGGAGGCUGGAAGACACUUUGUGCUAUUUGAAAGGAUGGACAGCUUUCGUGGGUCAACUGUUCUUCAGGGACAGUAAAAUGACAGUUCUCGUUUUGCUUUCAGGCUGGUUUGUAUUGCUGCCCUAGACAACAUAGGAAAUAAUGCAGGAAUUUUGCCCUGAUUUGUGGCUUGGUUGGUUACAAUUUUCUGUGAGACUAUAGGUCCACCUGGGGAGAGGCCAGCUAUUGUGACAGGUUUCUGUGAUUGGGUGAAUAGAAUGAAUUCACUCUCUUGUUCCCGGAAGAUGUUGUUUUGCAAUGCCCAUGUGGAGGAGAAAAUCUUCACAGGGCUUUACAAGAAGCCAUCUGCCCUGAUACCAAUCAUUCCAUUUCAUAGAUUGGUGUCACUCAGAUGAUGGCUGGAGCCAGCUGUGAACCUUAAUUGGUUUAGAAAUCAUAAAUACUGGGUGUGGAGAAGGAACUUACAGUAAACUGCAUGAAAUGUGCCUCUUGCAAAGGUGCAUCCACAUAUCUUCCAGUGACUGAGCAUUCACAGGACCUAGAGGUCUGUGUAUGCCCAAUAGCUGUGGUCAUUGUCAAGGAAAAUAAAGGUUUUGUGGAUUCAUAUUGUCUUUCUGGGUUGUUCACCUGAAGUGCAUUGCUAUAGAAGCAGGAAAAUAAGGAGAUCCUGGUGAUCCUACAGUCCAGGGUUAUAGCUCUGGUGAUCCUGUCAGUGUUCUGUUGUCUGAUAUUACAACAGCAUUCCUUACUGCACCAAUAGAGAGCUGACCUUUCCCAUGCAUGAGGAUGGAGAUAGUGGAAUCAACAUGGGUUAUUACCAGAAAAAUAGUUUAGGCUUUAAAUUUGGUUUUGGAAUCACUUUUUAUAAACUUAUUUAUAUAUAGUUACUUGGAAUAACUGAUGUUUAUGGUGUAUAAUUUGAAAAGUUUUGUCUCAUAAAUUCCUGAAACCAUUAUAGUGAUCAUAAAUAUAUCUACAAUUUACCUCAUGCCAUAUUUUCUCCCCAUAUUCCCCAGGUUUGCAAGUAUCCAGUAAUUUACUUUUAUUCACAUGACAAUAACUUGUGAAUGAAAUAUUUUAUGAAUGCAACUACACAUUUUUUGCUACAUGAUUAUUUUGAGAAAGAAUCAUCUCUACUGCUUAUAUGAACAGUUCAUCCUUUUUGUUGCUGAGUCAUAUUCAGUUCUAUGGAUAUGCUAUUGUUUAUUUUCUAUCUAUUUAUUUAUUUGUGCUGGGGAUUGAACCCAGGGCCUUGUGCAUGCAAGGUAAGCACUCUACCAACUAAGCUAUGUCCCCAUCACUUAAUGAGCAUUUGGAUUAUUUCCUGUUUGGGGAUGUUAAAAACAAAGCUACUGUGAAUACAGGCAUAGGAUUCUUAAUGUGCAUAUGUGGUUUAUUUGUCCUGUGAAAAUAAUUCAGAGUUUGUGUUUUGCAUUAAAAAAAAACUGUCAAACUGAUCUAGAUGUAUUGUACUCACUGAAUUCCCACCAACAAUAUGUGAACAUUUCUGUCCUUCCACCUUCUAGCCAGUACUUGAAAUGAUUAGUCUUUUAAAUUUGAGCUGUUUUAAUGUAUUAUGGCAUCUCACUGUAGUUUUGAUUGCAUCUUUCUGAUGUUUCAUAAUGUUGGGCAUGUUUUGUUUGCCACUUAUGUAUCUUCUUUUAAAAAGGCUAUCUUUUUGCCUAUUUUAAAAUGUGUGUUGGUGAUGUAGUUUUCAUUAACAAAUAGACAUAUAUAACAAGAACAUGUUGGAACUUACUCAUUCUUCAGUAAAUGAGGGUCUUUGCUAAAUAGGAAAUUGUUUUUGAAUGUUGGAAAAAUAUUUUCUCAAAUUUUUUUGCCUAUUCACAGUGCAGGAACUUACAGUAAACCGCAGUCACAGACACUAUAUAUUUUAAGCAUUUUGUGCAUUAUUAGUAACAGCAAACCCUCUUUUUAGAGUUUGUCAAUUAUCCUAGUAGAAUACUCUCACCAUGGCCAAUUCAAGUUCUAAAAUGAUGUCACUGAACAUAGAGUUGGGGAGAGAUAUGCAAUAGCACAUAAUUAUGUUUUAUUCUCAUCAUACUGAUAUAGUAGUCACAAAUAUACAGAUGUAAAACAGUAAAAUAAUUAGAAAGUAACAACUUUUGAGUAUAACCUUAGAUUUUUCAAGGUAGCUUGAUGUGUAAUUAUCAUACAAUAAACUAUGCAUAUUUAAAGUGUAUAAUUCCUGUUUUUAUGUCAGUACUCAGAAUUUUUUUUUCAGUUUACCUCAGGCCUUCUACACCAGCAAGCCAUCCUGUUAUAAGGGGAGAGCAACAGCCUUAAGGGUGCAGAGCUCUUUAAUGGAGAAAAAAAGGCAUGACCAACUGGGUGAAUGAAGGAAAAUAGUUAGGAAGAAAAUGUGCUGGAGGUCUCGGUGAGUUUAGCAAAAGUGGGAAAGUCUCAAGCUGCAGAUCCAGUUUGAUCAGCAAAAGCAAAUUCACAUUGGAGAAAGGCCCUAUGAAGAAUCAGUUCCACGUCAGUCAACACUGGAGAUUUCACACUGGAGCAAACCCACACUAAUGCAGUGAGGAUGAAAAUCUUUCAGGAAAAAAAUAUCCUCACAGAACAUCAAAGAGGUCACACUCCAGGAAGGCCUUAUGAGUGCAGUGAACAUGGGACAUUAUGUAGGUACACAUCCAACCCCAAUCAACUCUGGACAUUCCCUCUGGAUCAAAGCCAUAUACAUGUAUGGAGUGUGGGAAAUCUUUCAAGGAUAAAUCUGUCCUCAUUCAACACCAAAGAGUUCAUGCUGGAGGGAGGCCUUAUGAAUGCAUUGCAUGGAAAAUCCCUAGGCCAGAAAUCUAUUCUCCUUCAACGUUAAAGAGUUCACAUUGGAGAAAGGCCUUAUGAAUGUGAGAAAUCUUUUAGCCACAAAAGCUACCAUAUUUAACAUCAGGGAGUCCUCACAUUAAAAAGGCCUUACCAAGUCGUGAAGAUGGGAAGUUUUUUAAUUUUAUUUUUGUCUGUUUAUUGGUAGUACUCGGGAUCAAACCCAAGACAUCACACAGGCAUGCUAGGCAAGUGCUCUACCACCAAACUACACUCCCUGCCCUUUUAAAUUUUGAGAUAGGGACUCACUAAGUUGUAUAAGCUGACUUUAAACUUACCCUCCUCCUGCCCCAGCCUCCCACCCCCCACCCAGGUGCAACACUGUGCCUGGUCAGAAAGUCUUUAGUUGAAGAUAUGGCCUCCUCAAAAUAGGAAAAUUCAUAUAUAGUGAAUAUGGUAAAUCUUUUAGCAGCAAAUCUGACCUUAUAUAGCACUGAAAAUUUUACAUAGGAUAAAGGCCUUAAGUAUUUAGGGAUUGUGCUUUUUACCAUAUUCAAUAUUCAUGUAUUACAUAAAUACACUGAGAUUAUUUGAAAUACAAUGGAGUACAGCAAGAAAGAUAGCAAUAAUAUAAAUUAACUCAUUUUAUUAAAUGAGAAAUAAGCACAGGUAAGUAUAAUGACCCUGGAGGAAACUUUGUGGGUAGUCUUACUCAAUUGUGUGUGUAUUGGGAUAUGGUGUUUUCCGGCAUCCAAGGAUUCCUCAUAAGAUUCAGGUACAUGAGAAGCACGAGUAGCUGUGUCAUAUUUUUGAAACUUUCCCAGGGAUCUUAAUAUUAAUGUCACUGACAGUUUCUGUGACUGAAGUCAUGUUAUUCUAAUCAGGCAGAUCCACCAAGUGUACAUUGUUUUCCAUCUCUCUGUGCUCAGGGAAUCAGACCUCUAUACUCUUCCGUUUGUUGGAAGAAAUCAUGAAUAGUCUUGAGUUGUUAGGAAAGUUCUUAUUCUUUUCUUUCUGACCUGUUGUGGCAUGUAUCUAACCCUCUUUUGGCUCAAAGGAUUCAAUCAGAACUCUCCUGCCAACUUGCAGAGAAAACCCCACCUUUUCAACAAAUAUUUGGACUUAGGUGAUAGUUGUGACAUUUUUUAACUUUCAAGUUUCCAAACCAGGAGCUGCUUAUUGAACAUUGCACUUGUUUGUGCAAUAAUAAAGCCUUUUUUGCACGA